AUGCCGGCAUCGAAGUUGGAAGAGGCGGUUCAGCCCCGUCGUCCGCAAUCCACAGGUCGCCUGGUGGAAAGAGUCUGCCAGCUUAUCUUCGUCUACGCCAUUUCCUUCGCUGCCAUGUUCAUGCUGGUCACCAAGAUUUCGCCCGGAAAAUGGCCCUUGACAGAACCGUCACUGAGCAAACCUAGGCUCAAAUUGGGUGCCACGAACCGCGACUUUCGCAUCGGCAUCUUUUCCGAUUUGCAUUUCGGAGAGGUGGAAUUUGCUUGGGGCAUCGAUCAAGACAUCAAUUCGACUCGAGUCAUGAAAAAUGUCAUGAACAGCGAACACCCAGACCUUGUCGUGCUUAACGGCGAUCUCAUCACGGGAGAAGACACUCACAAGGAGAAUUCGACCGAGUACAUCAACCAGAUCGUGAGGCCGAUGAUUCAGUCCAGCCAAAAGUGGGCAUCAAUCUAUGGAAACCACGAUUCCAAGCAUAAUCUGGAUCGUGAACAACUCUUCCGCGCCGAGAAGGGCUACGACCUGUGCUACACCACGUCCAUGGGCGACAAGCUUCCGGGCAUUACCAACUACUACUUGCCCAUCUUUGACGGCGACGCAAAGGAGCCAAUUGCUCUGCUGUGGUUCUUCGACAGCCGUGGCGGCACCAGCUACCAAACAGAUUCCGACAACAUGGACGACAUCCCGAAUUGGGUCGCGCCUGAGACCGCCGAAUGGUUCGAGAAGACCUACGACGAGUUGAAGGAGCAGUACGGCCGAGUCAUUCCCAGCGUUGCCUUUGUGCACAUCCCGCCUCACGUCUUCCUCGAAGCUCAGCAAUCGAACCUUGAUCCGAGCAAAUUCCCAGGUAUGAACGCCGAUGUCCCGUUGUCCAUUCAGGGCAAGGGCCAAGAAGACACACCGUUCAUGGAGGCGUUGCUGGAGGCCGAAGGUCUCCACAGUGUCUACGUCGGUCAUGACCACGGCAACUCUUGGUGCUCCACUUGGCCGGGCCACGAAGGCGGCCUCGGCGCCGAAGCUCCAUUCCUCUGCUUCGCAAAACAUACGGGAUAUGGUGGCUAUGGCGACGGAUGGGGCCAUGGUGCGCGCAUGGUGAGCCUUUCAUUCUCCGAGGGCGAUAAUCCCCAAAUGUCCGUCGAAACCUGGGUGCGUAUGGAAAACAACCAAAUGAUAACAAAGGUCUCCCUCAACGAAACUUACGGCAUGGAUUCUUAUCCCCCUUACAAUGGACAAUGA